AGUUCGGAAAUGGUGAUGUGUUUAUAAUUCGUGUCAAUUUAGUGAAAUAGCAAAUAGCAUUCAAUUUUUUGUAUAGGACCUCUUCAAAAUGCCACUUCGAUUAGAUAUUAAAAGAAAGCUAACAGCUCGCUCAGACCGGGUAAAAUGUGUGGAUCUUCACCCUACAGAACCUUGGAUGCUAUGUUCCCUGUACAGUGGAAAUAUCAAUGUUUGGAAUACCGAAAAUCAACAACUGGUUAAAACUUUUGAAGUAUGUGAUGUACCUGUACGAACAGCUAAGUUUUUACCCAGAAAGAACUGGAUAGUCAGUGGAUCUGAUGAUAUGCAGAUUCGAGUUUUCAAUUACAAUACCUUAGAUCGGGUACAUUCUUUUGAAGCUCAUUCAGAUUAUGUGAGAUGUAUUGUCGUUCAUCCUACACAACCUUAUAUAUUAACAAGUAGUGAUGAUAUGCUUAUCAAGCUUUGGAAUUGGGAAAAAGCAUGGGCUUGUCAGCAAGUUUUUGAAGGACACACUCAUUAUAUUAUGCAAAUCGCCAUAAAUCCAAAAGACAACAACACAUUUGCCAGUGCAUCUUUAGAUAGAACAUUGAAAGUAUGGCAGUUGGGAGCAUCAACAGCGAAUUUCACACUAGAAGGUCACGAGAAAGGUGUAAACUGUGUGGAUUAUUAUCAUGGUGGAGAUAAGCCUUAUUUAAUCUCAGGUGCUGAUGAUAGAUUAGUAAAAAUCUGGGAUUAUCAAAAUAAAACUUGUGUUCAAACUUUGGAAGGACAUGCUCAAAAUGUAACGGCUGCUUGUUUCCAUCCAGAACUUCCUGUAGCCCUUACUGGAAGUGAGGAUGGUACUGUCAGAGUGUGGCAUGCCAACACCCAUAGAUUAGAGAGUAGCUUAAAUUAUGGUUUUGAAAGAGUAUGGACUAUUUUCUGCCUAAAGGGAUCAAAUAAUGUGGCAUUGGGUUAUGAUGAAGGUAGCAUUUUGGUUAAAGUUGGUAGAGAAGAACCAGCUGUUAGUAUGGAUGCCAGUGGAGGUAAAAUUAUUUGGGCUAGACACUCUGAACUUCAACAGGCAAAUCUCAAGGCAUUAGCUGAAGGUGCAGAAAUAAGAGACGGAGAACGCCUUCCAGUUUCUGUAAAAGAUAUGGGAGCUUGCGAGAUAUACCCUCAGACAAUUCAACACAAUCCUAACGGCCGUUUUGUCGUUGUAUGUGGGGAUGGAGAAUACAUAAUCUACACAGCAAUGGCUUUAAGAAACAAAGCUUUUGGUAGUGCACAAGAAUUUGUGUGGGCUCAAGAUUCCAGCGAAUAUGCCAUCAGAGAAUCCGGAUCCACAAUCAGAAUUUUUAAGAAUUUCAAAGAGAAGAAGAAUUUUAAGUCCGACUUUGGAGCUGAAGGUAUAUAUGGUGGUUACCUUUUGGGAGUCAAAUCUGUUUCUGGUUUGACUUUCUAUGAUUGGGAAACUCUCGAUUUGGUAAGAAGAAUCGAGAUACAGCCAAAAGCAGUUUACUGGUCAGAUAGUGGCAAACUAGUAUGUUUGGCUACAGAAGACAGCUACUUUAUUCUUUCUUAUGAUUCCGAUGAAGUUCAAAAAGCCAGAGAUAACAAUCAGGUUGCCGAUGAUGGAGUAGAAUCAGCUUUCAAUCUUCUAGGUGAAAUAAAUGAAUCAGUUCGAACUGGUUUGUGGGUAGGCGACUGUUUUAUCUACACGAAUUCUGUUAAUCGUAUCAACUAUUUUGUUGGAGGUGAACUAGUUACAAUUGCCCAUUUGGAUCGGCCUUUAUAUGUCUUGGGAUAUGUGCCUAAAGAUGAUAGAUUAUACCUGGUAGAUAAAGAGUUGCGCGUAGUAAGCUACCAAUUACUUCUUUCUGUUCUUGAAUAUCAAACUGUUGUCAUGAGAAGAGACUUUCCAACAGCAGAUAGAGUACUUCCGUCUAUUCCUAAGGAGCACAGAACGAGAGUCGCACAUUUCUUAGAAAAGCAAGGCUUCAAACAACAAGCUUUGGCCGUAAGUACAGAUCCAGAGCACAGAUUCGAGCUGGCAGUAGCAUUAGAGGAUCUUAACACAGCCAAGAUUCUAGCUCAAGAAGCAAACAGUCCGCAAAAGUGGAAUCAAUUAGCAGAAUUGGCUGCCGCUACUAAUAACGUAAGCCUGGCCAAGGAAUGUAUGCAGAAAGCGCAAGAUUAUGGCGGCUUAUUGCUUCUUGCUACAAGUUCCGGGGAUGAAAGUUUAGUCCGUACUCUAGGAGAAACUACACAAGCAGAAAGCAAACAUAACUUAGCAUUUUUGUCACACUUGUUAGUAGGUGAUUUAAACAAAUGCCUAGACAUUCUUAUUAAUACCGGUAGAUUGCCAGAAGCUGCAUUUUUCGCCAGAUCUUACCUUCCUGAUAAGAUAACGGAAGUUGUAGAACUUUGGAAGACUCAGUUAUCUUCAGUCAAUCAAAAAGCCGGACAGAGCCUUGCCGAUCCGAAAAAUUACGAAAAUCUGUUCCCUGGUUUACAAGAGGCAGUGGUAGCUCAGAAAUUUUUGGAACAGCAGAAUAAAGGUUUAGCACCCGCGCGAAUUGCCACCACCAUUCCUCCUAAUCACGACAGGAAUGUUGUAGCCGAAGUUCAAGCACAAUCGAAACAUGAUGGACCAUCAUUUAGUUCGAGGAGUAUUUCAUCAGAAAUAGAAGCACAAACAAGGAGUUCUGCUAAACCUGAAGAAUCUUCAAACAUUAUACAGCUGGAUCAAGAUGACGACGAUAUCGAUUUAGAUUUGGACGGUGUAAAUAUUGAUGAGAACAUUGACACGACGGAUAUCAACAUCGAUGAUGAUUUGCUGAGUGAUUGAAAAUAACUUUUUUUACUUUAGUAUUAAAUCUGUAUAUUCAUUCCUAUUCUUAAGAAAAUCUAUAUGAAUUUUAAUGUUUUAAUAGUUAAGAAAUACAAAAUUCUUUUUUGUUUUA